AUCUAAGGGAAUCUGUGUAUGUGUGGUCUUGCUAAUGGGCUAUAACAAAUACAAGGUGCCAGGUUUUUAACCCCUUCUAAAAGUGUAACAAAACAAUAUGAACGAAUGCCAAAGAACAAGAACAACAAUGCAUAAGCACUUGUAUUUUGUAGUUGACUUGAAACCUGACAGCCCUUGUACGUAGUAUGUGUGAAAUGGUGAAAACGAAAAAAUAAAAGAGAAAAGCAAAAAAACAACAAAACUUGAUGAAGGUCGUCUGUCGAAAGAGCGCGCAAUGAGUUUGUGUGUAAUGGGUGCGUAUGCGUGUGUGUUAAAUGUUUUGCAAAAAGACUAAGAAGCAUGUACUCAACCUAGUAACUUUUGUGCGCUCCCUCAGGAGCAUGUUGUUGUACACACACACAUACACUUAGAGAUGUAAUGGUAGCUUGUGCUCCAGCAAAACACCAAUCAACAACCAUCAGGCAUAUAAACAAACAACAGAAAUUAGUUUGACCGAGGCUUUCAAGCUGAAAAUCUGUGUUACUACUACGACGAAAACGACUACGACAACUUGUGUGUAUGUUCAAAAUUGUUGUAAUCGUUAUCCCAUCCCCUGCCGCUUCGUCAUCAACAUCCACAUCAUCGUGUGAAAAAUCCGACUAGGAAAACAUAAAAUACACACACGAGCAUAACAUAAUUUUAUUUUGUUAUGCACGCUGUGUGUUUGUGCUGUGGUGUGGUCGUGCCUUCGACACAGAAAAAGGACAUACCUACUACUUUGAACGGUUUUAAUGAAAUAACGAUUUUUUGGGAGAAUUCACCAUCAGUUGCCAAUUGGAACUCGACUUCGAAGGAUGUCAAAUUUGAAGAAAAACUCUGGAAAAUAAGCAAACAACACUCAAACACCAUGGACUGUUGUAGUGUUAGGGCUUUUGUGUGCUGCAGCUGAAAUAGAUAAAUUGAAAAUUGGAUAAAACAAAAGUAGGCCAAUAAAUAACUUAAACUGUUGAACAGUUAGUUCGAGAAGCAAGCAAGUGCAGAUCGUAAGAAAAUAAAGUUUUCCUAACCACCAUGGAAACAUGUCGCACUUGUGCUAAAUGUGAUUUUGAUAAUCCCACGCAAUGGUUGGAUCUAUUCAAUGCACAGCAUUGGAAACCUGAAACAGAGCGAAUACAUAUUGAAUUAAAUACAUGGAAAAUUAAGGUAUCCUGCAAUGAUGGGCUGCCACAGAAAAUUUGCACCGAUUGUUUUUCGAAAUUUUGCACCGUAUCGCAAUUUCGUCUACAAUGCAUGGAGGCCCAACAGAUUUUAAGCAAUAUAUUCGAUAAAAUCGAUACACAAAGCAUACAGGAGGACAAUGAAGUAUUCGAGGGUUUCGAGCAGUCCAGUAAUGGACGGGAUAAUGACUUAGCAGGAAACACAACAACAGCAUUGGCUUCGCACACAGCACCAACCUCUCACAAUGAUGUUGUUAUAAUAGCAACGGAGGCAGCAGUAGCAAAUGUUGUCUCUCCUCCAGAACCCCCCAAGAAGCCCAUUGAGAGUAUUCUGCCUAAGAGAAAUAGCAAAAAUGAUGACCCCGAUGCAUCCAAUGGCAUUUUACACUUAGACGAAGAACGCGACAACACCGAGGUUUCAUUUAAAACCAUGCCAAACGUAAAUAUUAAUGACACUGCCGUUUUAGAAAAUCGAAUCGAAAAAACCACUUUUGGAGAACCCAACAAUUUUUUAAGCGAUAGCAAUGAUACUUCCAUAACGAAUAACGAACUACUACCAGAAGAUACCAACGAUUUAGACGAAAACGAUCUCAUUGAGGAGCUCAUCGAUGAAUUGGACAUCAUUGAAGAGGCCGAUGAAAAUUACAUUGAGAAUGAAGAUAACCAAGACCAAAAUCAAAAUAAUAUCUAUCCAAACCUAGAACAAACCUUCCAGAUACCACCAAACGACAACGACAACAACGAACACAAUAAAAUCGUUAGCGAUAACAAUUUGAAAAUAUCAUUUGAAUGUAAAUACUGUUACAAAUGGAAGAAUAGCGGAAGCGAAAACUUUCACACCCAACAAGAGCUAUUGGCUCACAUUACCGAGUUGCACAGCUCAGAGCUGCCAUAUAAUUGUCCCUAUUGUCGUGUUAGUUUCAUGGAUGCCGCCUCAAGAACCACACAUCUCAAGGAAGUGCAUAGUCAAAAAUUAUAUUCCUGUGAUACGUGUGGCAAGAAGUAUGCCGAUAAAUUCAAUUUGAGAAAUCAUGUGGAAAAAUACCACAGCGGUGCCGACUUUGAUUGUACUCUCUGUGCGAAAAGUUUUUGUUCCAGUAAAAGUUUGAACUAUCACAUGAAAUGGCAUAAUCCCAAGGAACAGUUGAAGUGCAGCUAUUGUGAUCGUCUGUUUAUAAAUCAAAGGCAUUUAAAGGUGCAUGAGGAAACGCAUACGGGAUUUCGUAGUCAGGAAGUUUGUUCCUUUUGUGGUAAAUAUUUCUUCCAUUUAAAAACUCUAAGGUGGCACAUCUUUCGUCAACACGGUGGUGAAAAGCCUUACAAAUGUGGUCGUUGUACCGAAGUUUUUACCUCAUAUUUUGAAAAACGCCUUCACAUGCUCGAAUACCAUUUGGAUAAUUUAACACUGAUUGAGAAAACAGAAUGUAUGCUUUGCCAUAAAAGGUAUGAAAAUGAACAUAUCCUAAAGGAUCAUAUGCUCGAGGAUCACAAAGAGAAUAAGGGCGCUGUGAAAAUAGCCAACAACAAGCGUGUUAUCAUGAACAAAAAGCCAAAAAGCUUUACCGGCCUUUUUCAAUGUGAAAAGUGUGAUAAACGCUUCAAUAUGAAGUCUGCCUUAGAAAGACACAUGGCUGUGCAUUCAACGGAAGGAAGGCCUCAUGCUUGUCCACAGUGCCCCAAGCGUUUUAAACGUUCGCAAGAUAUGAAAUGGCAUUUGAAAACACAUUCCUCAGAAAAGCCCAACAUUUGCGAUAUUUGUGGUAAAGGAUUUGCCUUGAAAUAUGUUUUAACACAACAUCGAAGGAGUCACGAAGUACUUGAAAAGAAUUUCACCUGUUCGACGUGUGGCCGAUCGUAUCUUUUUGAAAAGUCAUUGCGUCUUCAUGAGCGUAUACACAGUGGAAAAACUUACUACAAAUGCGAUUUGUGCAGUGAAAGCUUUGUGACGCACAUAAAGUUCAAAUGGCACAUGAAGAAAAUGCAUGACGAAGAAGAUGUGGCGGCUACUAAUUUUAAUCCCCAUUCCAAUAAUAAUAACACAGAGCUGCCCUUGGAUAACUUGGUAAAUAUUGUGAUUACUUAGCAAUAAAAUUUAAGCUCCAUUAGGACAAUAUAAGAAUAUUUAUUAAUACAUACAUAUAUAAAACAAAAGAAAGAAAGCUUAAGCAAACAUUUGCCAAAAACAAAUUUAUACUUUUCCCCUCUGAAUCAACUAAAAAAAAAACUACCACAAACGACCAUUAGUUCUUUUAAUUACAUUAAAAAUAAAUUAAAAUCCAAUGUUAGUAACCAAAUCCGUAGCAAUUGAAAAAGCUCAAAAAGAAUAUAUGAUGAUUGCAUUUAUUUUGAAAAAAGAAGCAAAUUUUAAACUUAAUGUUAGUUAAGACAAGUUGUACUAGAACAUGAGCCCCAGGCUUUUAAAGAAAUCCAAACUGAUCUCCUUUAUAGAAAACUAUUAUAAAAAUCCUAUUCUUCUUGACCGAUCUAGAUUUGUCCAUUUAGAAGAGUUCUAUUAUUUUUGUGGACAUGCAUAUA